UCGUGACCGACACAUCACUAGUCAAACAGGAAGAAGAAGACAACAGGCACAAAUUAUGAACCAGUUUUUAAGUGUUUGUUGUGUUAAAACAGGUGAGGAAUAAAAGGUGAAAAGAAGCCAACAUGGCUACUAGACUGCUGAAGCGAGCCGGCGUGUCAACAGACCUAUGUGAGCAGCUGAAACGACACCACAUAGAGAGUUGUAAGGACCUGUUGUCUCUGAGUCCUGUUGAGGUGAUGCAUGCUGCAGGGCUGAGCUACCAGAAGGUCUCAGAGCUGCUGCAGACUGUCAGCAAAGCUGUUGCUCCACCUGUCACCACUGCUCUGGAGCUGUGGAAGCAACACUCCUGUUUCUCCACAUCUUUACCUGCUCUGGAUAAGCUGCUGAGAGGAGGUCUUCCCUGUGGGACCAUCACAGAGGUGGCAGGCCCAUCUGGAUGUGGCAAGACCCAGAUGUGCUUGAUGCUGAGCGUCUUGGCCACUCUGCCCAAGAGUGAGGGUGGCAUGGACAGCGGUGUGAUCUACAUCGACACAGAGUCCGCGUUCUCUGCUGAGAGGCUGGUGGAGAUCGCACAGAGCCGGUUCCCAGACCACUUCAGCUCCAAGGAGAAGGUCCUGCAGAUGGCCGGACGGGUUCACCUCUUCAGGGAGCUCACCUGUCAAGAUGUCCUCAACAGACUGGACAGACUAGAAGAGGAUGUCAUCUCAACCGGAGCCGGUCUCAUAAUCCUGGACUCCGUGGCCUCGGUGGUGAGGAAGGAGUUUGACACAACGCUGCCCGGGAACCUGAUGCACCGCAGCAGCCUGCUGGGCCACGAGGCCUCCACCCUCAAGUACCUGGCCCACCAGUUCAACAUACCUGUGGUGCUCACCAACCAGAUCACGACCCACUUAGGGGGUCAGGUGGAUUCUGGGUUCGUGACAGCAGCUCUGGGGAACACGUGGAGUCACAAUGUGAACACACGUCUUAUAGUCCAGUAUGUGGACUCACGCCAGAGACAGAUCCUGAUAGCCAAGUCGCCCGUGGCUCCGUUCGCGGUGCUGAACUACACCGUUGAGAAGCAGGGCAUCUGUAUAGAUGGAGACAGUCAGGAGACCCUGUAUGAGGGCACAGAUCCGGGUCUCCAGCCAAUCAGGGUGCAGACUGGAUUCAACUUCAACCUGACCAGACCUGUGGACCAGACUGACCAAACACUGUGACUCAACUUCAUGUAUAUGUGUAUAUAAUGUUUAUUAAAGCCAAUACAUCAUUUCACCUGACUUGUUACGUCCUCACUCAUCACAGACUGCUGAAAGUCAUCUACAUGAAACGCCAUCAUUUUGACUUCAUUGGGGAACUACUUCCUGUAUAAAUGUCCAGGGACACAGUGUAGAUGUUGACCUUUUGUUUAAAACGUUUUGUCUUCUUUUUUAAUAGAAAUAUGACCUUAAAAUAAACUUA